UUUGUUUAACUUGAGUUUAAUUGCAGACGAGUCUUUAGAGAGAAUUGUGUGAUUUAGUGUGAUGUGGUUUGAGGUUCUAAAAGGAAAAUGUUGCUGCUUGUAGCUUUUAGAGAGUUUGGCUUGACUAAAUAUGACAUGGUUUGGUUUGUUUCUUGUUUUAUAAAUUGUUCUCUUGAUUGUGCUAUUGCGCAGAUACUGCAUCACUGUUUCCUACAAGGCAUGCCUAGGGAGAUCUUCAAACAAUAUAUAUUCCCCACGCAAUUGAACCUGACUUCAACUCAAGCCCAGAGGCACAAUAUUCCAACAAGACAUCAUCAGAUGUAUCCUAUCAAGAUUUACUCGGUUUCUAGAAAAUUCUUUCAAUUUUAUAAGGCUAGUAGAAAGACUUACUUCAACAACCUGAUUUGGCCUGUCUUCAACAUAUGGAAAAGUGCUUGUUGUUGAUGGCAUCAUUCAGCUGCUAUUCAGUGGUGCGAGCUUAUGUUCAUAUUGCUAAAUCUACCAUGAACUGCAAAGCAUAUCUGGGUUUAGGAGGCCUUUGAAAAAAGGGAUUGGCCACUUUAUUGAUAAGUAAGGUUUUGCAUAUAGUGGCUCCCAUAGAAUGAUGUGCCUUAUUUUGGCUCGAUUUGGCUGCAUAAGUCUGUCCCAGGGAUCAUAUUAUGGAAUGGCUAACAUGGACUUCUGUGUGGUCAAAUAUAUUAUCACUAUAUAGUGUAAAAGUAAAUAUUGCCCCUAUUAUUACUGACUAGUCCGGUCCCUUCUUCCUCGGUGGAAUUGCAAGUUCUGUUGUUCAUUCUUUCAUUUUGAUGUUUCUUAUGUCUUCUUACCCGCAUUUACUUGUAGUACACACAAGCUUAUACUCUUUCCUUCUCUUAUGCUAACCUUGUACAUGUGUCUGGAUGUGU